AUGGCGAUGAUGGCAAGCAUGGAAGAUGAGCUCAGGUGCCCUGUCACGUUAGAGGUUUUGCAGGACCCGGUGAUGUGCAUGGCGUGCCAGCAAUCAUUCUCUCGGCACGCCGUGCGGCUUGAAAGGAGCUGCCCUUGUUGUCGUGCGGAGCCUUUGGAGAUUGCUCCAAACCGUUUGGCCGCCAGGCUCCUCGCCCGCGAGGAACAGGCCAGAGCCCUGCAGCAAGGCUAUGCCCAACGACGUGAUGGGAUGCAGUUUGCCUAUACCAGGCCGUUCACGAUCUUCGUCACUGGGAUGUUUGGUGCAGGCAAGAGCACCUUCAUCAACCUGAUGGUAGACCCGACUGGUGACACUGACGUGGCUGUCGAGGACCAAACGGCAGAGGGAGUCACCCAAACUGUCCACGAAGCUUUCAAUGGACAUAUUGAGCAUCGUGGCUCAACCGUCAAUGCCAUUUUUGUGGACACUCCCGGGUUCGGAGAUCCAGAUCGGCCGGACGCAGAAACUUUGAAACAGCUGUCCGAAGCCACCGUCCAGAUGGCUGCUGGCAUGGACUCGAUCGUUCACGUCGUGAAGAUGGGGCGCAUGCAAGAAGCAGACCGACAACUGCCUCAGCUUCUGCUGGCAGGCCUUGCGCCUGAUGCAGAAACUCGCGCCGAGCUGGUCAAGCGCUGGAUUUUUGUCGUGACACAUGCUGACUCUGGCCGACGUCCGUGCGACGCUGCUACACUGGAGAGGUUCAAAGGCAAGAUGGACAGCUUCUUCCCGCCAGAGCUACAUGAUGCCGUCAACCGAACGGAACGAUAUUUGUGGAGCACGGGCGGGCAGGUUCGCCCUACGGAGAUGCUGCAGCCAAUCGCAACAAGAUUUUGGAUCACGUGGUGA